CUCCUCCCCCGUUAUAAACUCUGGUUCGAAAGCCCAUUUCAAUCCUCUGCCUUCUGAAAUUGACAGAUGAAGAGCGGCGUGGCCUGCGAUUUCUGACACUUUUACACCCCAAAAACCACCACCACCUCCAAUAUGCUCCAUUCCAUCAAGUACCUCGCCGGCUCCCCUGGCCCCUCCGGCUUCGGCUCCAAAUCCUCCGCCGAACACGUCACCGCCUCCGCCCUCCACCUCCCUUCCAUCACCGCCAUCAUCACCGGCGCAACGUCGGGGAUUGGCGCGGAGACGGCGCGGGUUCUUGCGAAACGCGGAGCUCGGUUAAUCCUCCCGUCGCGGAACCUGAAGGCGGCCGAGGAAGCCAAGGCGCGGAUCGAAGCUGAAUGCUCUGGUUCCGAAAUCAUCGCCAUGGCUCUGGAUUUAAGCUCUCUGGCCUCCGUUAGAACCUUCGUUGCCCAAUUUGAAUCGCUGAAUCUCCCGCUUAAUCUCCUCAUAAACAACGCCGGGAAAUUCUCUCACGAGCACGCGAUUUCGGAGGACGGGAUCGAGAUGACCUUCGCCACUAAUUAUUUGGGUCAUUUUUUAUUGACCAAAUUGUUGGUGAAUACGAUGGUGGAGACGGCGAAGGCGACGGGGAUUCAGGGGCGGAUUGUGAACGUGUCGUCGAGCAUUCACGGCUGGUUCUCCGGCGACAUUAUCAAAUAUCUCGGCCAGAUAAGCCGAAAUAAAUGCAGGAAUUACGAUGCGACACGUGCGUACGCGCUCUCUAAGCUUGCGAACGUUCUGCACACCCACGAACUUGCUCGCAGAUUGAAGAAAAUGGGAGCUAAUGUUACUGUGAAUUGCGUUCAUCCGGGAAUCGUUAGAACUCGACUCACUAGAGAUCGUGAAGGUUUCAUUACAGAUUUGGUGUUCUUUAUAACUUCUAAACUGUUGAAGACAAUCCCUCAGGCAGCGGCAACCACAUGCUACGUGGCGGCAAACCCAAGACUGAGCAACGUCACCGGAAAAUACUUCGCCGACUGCAACGAAGCCUCACCGUCGAAACUCGCCGCUAGUCUGACGGAAGCAGCCCGUCUCUGGUCCGCGUCGGAGAUCAUGGUCAACACAAAUUCAAAACUCGUUUUUAAUCCAAACAAUGCCUUGGAAUAAUUUAGUUUAUUAAAAAAAAAAAUUAAAAAUUAAAUACCUCAAAAAAUAAAUAUAAAUAUAUAUUGGUAGAUGGUAGGUAGACAAAAAGCAGGAAGAAGGUAGGUAGGUAGUGGAGGGAAUGAAUAUAUUUAGGUUUACAAAUAUAAUAUAUAGUUUUUAGCUUUAUUUUGUGUAUAAUAUAUAGUUUUUUUUAGGUUUUAAUUUAAUGUUGGUUGUGACAUAUAAUAAGCCAAGUUAAGUGCUCUCUUUAUACUUA